CAGGGAACUGUUUCUCCGCCACACAUAGAGAUCGGUAAUUAUCCGCUACUCAAUAGCCCGACGUGUGGUUUGCGUAAAGUGAAUGGCGAAACACAAUCACGAAUAGUGGCCGGAGAUAUGGCAACAGUGGGUGAGUUCCCGUGGAUGGCGUCCAUUCAAUAUGUGGGAAACAACGGCUCACAACCCCAGGCUUUUGUAUGCGGCGGAGCUCUGAUCGCCGAUCAAUGGGUUAUAACCACUAAACACGAAAUCGUCCGCCGAUUACUCACACCCACCAAUUUGUUGUGUAUUUGGGAGCCUUUCAUAUCAAUGGAAGCACUCAAGAGAUGAAGGAAACGGCAACCGAUUUCUAUUUAUACCCCGAUUAUGAUUUGGCUUUGAUUCGUCUGUCCAGACAUGUGGUG